GUCUCUUGCUUAUGGACAGCUUUCCCUUUGGUAUGCGGCGUUGCUAGGAUAGACGCAACGGGACACAUUUUGAAGACAAGAGUUUGGUGUUUAUUAAACGCUGUCGGAUCUCAUGCAGUGCACGCUGGACCAGUCUUCGACCAUGAGGGAAAGCGGUUCCGACAAAAUCGAAGACGGAGUUCAGGUGGAAACGGGAAACGUGGAGUCGUUUCAAAAACCACCGUACUCCUAUGUAGCGCUUAUCGCGAUGGCCCUCAGAGACAGUAGCGAAAAGAAGUUGACGCUGAGUGGAAUAUAUCAAUACAUUAUCACCAAGUUCCCCUUCUAUGAGAAAAAUAAAAGGGGCUGGCAGAACAGCAUUCGGCACAACCUCAGCCUUAACGAGUGCUUCGUCAAAGUGCCCAGGGAAGGCGACGGGGAGAAGAAAGGGAAUUUCUGGACUUUGGAUCCAGCUUUUGAGGACAUGUUCGAUAAAGGGAAUUACAGACGCCGGAGACGGGUGAAGAGAUCAUACAGACCUUCACCAAUUGCAUGCGGACCGGGGAAGACGCAUGCCCUGAAUUAUCCAGAUGCCUACUUGUACCAGAAUACAAAGUACUUGCAAGCGCAAACUUAUCUGAAUUAUCCCGAUGCCUACAUGCAUCAAAAUACGAAGUACUUACCGGCUCACUUUGUGGGCAACGCGUGGACCCUCGCUGAGCCCAGCCCCUUGCAGUCUACAGCAUCCGCGAUCUACCAGCAGCCGCACUACGCCAAUGGAAAUAUUAGCCCGGCGCCACUAAGUGGAUUUCCGAAUUCGCCUGUGAGCGGCCAUUCAAAUCACCUCCACCACCCAGGCUAUAGUGGAUAUCAUCGACACGCGGGUGUAUGGGUGCCCCACAACGGCAGCCACUACGCUGGGAUAACUCAAACAUUUAGCGCCAGUGGGGGUCAGGCGUCCCCCGGUAGCCAACAUUCGUUGUCGUACAGCAUACAGCAAGAAAUGUCCUUAUAGGGGCCGUUUAGUUCUCAUGUAGCUAUACAUGAUCAAUAUAGGGAAAUCUGUCAUAUCGCUCAUUUGUGGUGGUUUCAACGCGGCUAAGUUUUGUCUAUUGACAAAAUCUUAUUUUUGUUUGCGUGUGUGUUUUUCUUUCUUCCAAUGGCUCAAUGAUUCCAUUGCUUUGUUAUAGUCAAAAUUUCACCCGUAAAAUCAACCGCUUGUGCGUAGUCAGUCUCAUUAUUUAUUUUUUAUAUUAUUUGCUGAAGGGCGGAAAUGUGCUCCAGACAUAUAGAUAUUUUAAAUUUCCGCAAAUAUAUAAAGAAAAAUUUGAUUUGCUUAACCCAAGCUAAGAUUCUUGCAUUCAGAGUGUGACCGCUGCACUUAAAUUCCGACAGCUGAAUCGCAUAAUUGCAGGUGUUCAUUGUAGUGCUCCAAAGCUGUGAAAAAGCGGGACCGUGAUCUUUCUGAAUUAUCAGUUGUCAGUGGUUUCAUUUGGUCGAAUGUUAGCUCAUUUUAAAUCUUGUGUAUGACAAUGUAACAUAUUUGUCAUACUUGGUUUUAUCUGCUCGGUUAUUUAUUUCGAAUAAUUUAAGAACGAAGGGGUGGGGUGUAAGUAAAAAAAAGUUUUUACAAUGGAUUAUAUGGUAAUUGUAAAAUUAUUUCAGUAGGCAUUAAAUGCUGUUGUCAUGCCGAGAGAUUAGGUUUCGGCUUUUUUGAUAGGUACAAAUACAAUAUCUUGGAAAUGCUCUUUAUUGGAAGAGAUUGAGGCUAAUAUUUUUUUUUCUGUAGAUGAGACCCUCGCGCCUGUAAACAUUAUACCCAGAACGACUUUCAGUUUUAUAUUUCACUGAAUUUUGUAAUUAAACAUGAUUUCCAUUUA